CGGAGCGAGGGACAGCACGUGUGCCUUCUGCUGGUUAGGGUGAUGCUGUGUCGAAAGAACACGUGACUGAAUAGGGGAAAAAGGAAUGAAAGGCUAAGAAGAAAAAGGUGAAAAGAGCUAAAACAACACUGCAAGUGUAAGAUUUGCGGUGUUUUUCUAGCUCCAGUGGAGGGAAAGGGGAUGGUGAAUUCUGACCUGCGAUGCUGUUGUGAGAUCAGACAGGCCUGCGGUAAAGGGUUCACCAACUGGAUAUGAGAGCGAUCUAACAUCCCUGUGGAGAAGGCGUGAUGAAGCUGAAUGAACGUAGUGUGGCUCACUAUGCCACCUGCGACUCGCCGCCAGACAAGACAGGCUUCCUCUUCAAGAAGGGGGAGCGAAACACAGCCUACCACCGGCGUUGGUUGAUCCUGAAGGGCAACAUGCUGUUCUACUUUGAGGAGCGUGAGAGCCGGGAACCCAUCGGCGUCAUCGUGUUGGAGGGCUGCACCGUAGAGCUCUGCGAGUCAGCUGAGGAGUUCGCCUUUGCCAUCAAGUUUGACUGCGCCAAGGCGCGUGUCUACAAGAUGGCGGCGGAGAACCAGGCGGCCAUGGAGUCGUGGGUUAAGGCUCUGUCGCGAGCCAGCUUCGACUACAUGCGGCUGGUGGUGCGGGAGUUGGAGAGGCAGCUGGAAGAAAUCCAGGAGGGGGCUGCUGGGCUGCAGGGCAGGCCCAAGUCCUCCAAGAAGGCUGGGGGGGUGGCACGCUCUAAAUCAGGAGCAUCAUUCAGCACUUCCCACGUGCCCUCUACCCAGGUUACAGGUGCAGCGCUCGCACAGGGUUCGGCUCAUGCUCGCAGCCUUCAGGAGGAGGUGCAGCUCCCGUCAGGCACCUCUAAAGAGAAUGGGGUGGCCUGGAGCAAGCCUCUGGUCAAUGGGUUUGGUGAGGGCCCCCACUCUGGUGUGCCGUGGGAGGGAAAUGGGAAUGGAGGGGGCGAUGGGUUCAGGCCUCCGCCCGUCCCUCCGCGCAGGAGGGGUGCAUCUCUUGAGAGUCCUGUCUCCCCCGGGACUGGGUGCUUCUCCAAACUUCACGACUGGUACGGAAAAGAGGUGGCUGAACUGAGGGUGGAGUGGCUUCAGAGCCAUUGAGGCGCCCCACCCUCCCCCUCACCUCACAGCCCAGCUGUUAGCCAUUAUUAGAAAGGGCACUUGUCACUUCGCAGGAUUGUUUCACCCCGAAAUACCUUGAUUUUAAUGCCAGAGAGCGUGUCCUUAAAAUUCCAAACCCUUGGGGCAGUCUGUGGAGCUGGUUGAUUUUCUAAAAGCAGCACUUUCCUGGUAUUUUUAGGUCUUGUGGGCCAGUGGGAAUAUGAUGUGUUGUCCUAUGACUGUCUGUCACUACAUUUUUAUGAGUCUAUGGUACAUUUUGGAUGUUUUUUUGUGUGUUUUUUUUGUGUUUUAAGGAAAAUCUUUGUAUUUACUGUCUUUUUUGUUGUAGUUUUUUUUCCAAUCAGAAACUACGAUCACUUAUCACUUUCUCUAUCGUUGUUGUGUUCUACCAUUGUUAUAUUCACAAAAGAAAGGAUGACCCCUGAUUGUUACUGAAUUGAGUGUCUCUGACACAUAAUAUAAAUCGGUACAUAUACAUAGUUGAGAAAAUGCAUUUCAUUCCAUUUCACCGGAUGUUUUGAAACGGGGACCAUUGAAGAAUGAACACCGGCGCAUUCAUUCAUUAUACCACAUGAAUUUUGCUCAUGCAAUGGUUUACAUGUUUAGAAAAUUCUUCUCGCUCUCUUUUUAACCUGUGCCUUAUGAUUUUCCUCCCAAACCUGUCGUUGACAGUAAUCUAAUAAUAAGUGUAGGCCUACCCAAUGCUUUUAUCUGCCUUUCGUUUUUGCCAAACCACACCGUAGUGCAAUUUGUUGGUUUGCGACAAUGGCUCAAUCCAUUUGGCCAGAUCUAACGCACAGUAUUUUCAUUAGUCACUUUAUAUAUACAUUUACCGAUAAUGGCAUAACCCAGUUUUAAUUUGUUAUAUUUUUUAGCGGGGCCUUUUCUGUUUCCUGGUCAUACCAUACUAGACUGGUGGCUUUAGACAAGUCUGUUACUUGUGCCAAAAAUAUGGUAGGACGAGGAAUGGAAAAUCAAGUUGUGGAAAGCCAGUAAAGAUCCUGAACAGGCUACAGGUGGCUGGUAUAGAUGUGAUUGUGACUGAGUGAAUGAUCAGUUGUAUGUUAUUAAUUACUAUGUUUAAAAAAAAAUCUAUUUCUGACACUAGGAGGACAUUUUGUACUGAGUUAUAGUUCCCUUUUUUAAUUCCAUGACAUUUGGAGUAUGUCAAAUUAUUGGAUGAGACAUUGCACAGCAUGACACCUCUAUAUCCAGUGUGCUAAAAAUGGAACGAUGACAACCCAAUGCUUCUUUAUACUUUUGUAAUCUGUUUGUGGUCAACUUCAUGGAAAGAAUACCAAAAUAUUUUAGUACACUACUGCCAGAAGAAUGUCCUGUUUCCAUGUGGCAAGAUGGGAUUGUGUCUAGAGACAGUAAUGCAAUUACCUUCAGCUGCUCACCCCCGAAUGAAUGAAUGACUGAACUUAUAAUACUAUGAGCAUUACCUAUAAGUAAUUUAAACAAAUCAAUAAACAGCUGAAAGAUUA